UGCUCGAGGCCUCCACAUCAUCAGGAAGCUAAAUCCAUUAAGUAGCGGCCGAGGCCUCCGGUCGUUCCCUCGAUUCUCUCCCACAAAAUCCUCAAGCCCUCCGCGCCACCGCCACCGCCACCGCCAUGCCGGCCAGCGAGCUCCGCCCGCAGACGGCGGCGGCCACCCAGCCACCGCCGCAGCCGCACCAGCCGUCGGACUACGAGAGGGAGGAGGAGGAGUUCGUGUGGACGCAGAUAAAGGCGGAGGCCCGGCGGGACGCGGAGUCGGAGCCGGCGCUGGCGAGCUUCCUCUACUCGACGGUGCUCUCCCACUCCUCCCUCGCGCGGUCCCUCUCCUUCCACCUCGGCAACAAGCUCUGCUCCUCCACCCUCCUCUCCACCCUCCUCUACGACCUCUUCCUCAGCGCCUUCUCCUCCGACCACCCCCUCCGCGCCGCCACCGUCGCCGACCUCCGCGCCGCCCGCGCCCGCGACCCCGCCUGCGUCUCCUUCUCCCACUGCCUCCUCAACUACAAGGGCUUCCUCGCGUGCCAGGCACAACGAGUGGCGCAUAAAUUGUGGAAUCAGUCGCGUCGGCCACUGGCACUUGCGCUUCAGUCUCGGAUAUCCGAUGUCUUUGCCGUCGACAUACACCCGGCUGCUAAAAUCGGUAAAGGGGUCUUGUUCGAUCAUGCCACGGGAGUGGUGGUUGGUGAGACGGCCGUGAUUGGGAACAACGUGUCCAUUCUGCAUCAUGUUACGCUCGGCGGAACGGGCAAGGCAGGUGGCGAUAGGCAUCCUAAGAUUGGGGAUGGGGUCCUGAUUGGAGCGGGCGCGACGAUACUAGGGAACGUGAAGAUUGGAGAGGGAGCGAAGAUUGGGGCUGGAUCGGUCGUGCUGAUCAACGUGCCGCCUAGGACAACUGCAGUGGGGAACCCGGCGAGGCUGGUGGGCGGAAAGGAGAAGCCAAAGGAGCACGAGGAGGUUCCUGGAGAGUCCAUGGAUCAUACUUCCUUCAUCUCCGAGUGGUCAGGUUAUAUAAUUUAACAUGCCUGUUCUUUUUUUUUUGUGUGCGUGAUGGUUCAGUUCGGAUGAUGGUGCGAAUGUUGCUCGCCAUGCCGCUUUAGCUGUCAUGUUUGUUUAUGUUGGCUAAGGAACAUUGCGGUUCUUGUCGUGAGCCUUGGAACCGCAUCCGUGUGUGUAUGUAUACCGUCAACUCCUUGUACCGAUUCCCCGGCUUUAAAUUACAAUCGUCCUGGUUUGGGUUGCUGAUAAGUCAUUAAAAAA